GAGGACAAAAAUUAAUUCGUGGAAAAAUAUUUGAUUUAUUAAAUUUCAUUCUGUAAGUGUACUACUUUUAUUCCCAAAUUUUAGCAAAAAAAAUGUGAUUCCUUUCUUUAAGCACGUAGGAAUAAUAUUUUUUUUUUGUAAAUUGAAGAAAGUUUUAUAUGCUUAAACAAGAAGAACUGAAUUCCUUCAUUUUGUUCAUUCGUUCAUUCGUUAUCACUUAUAAAAUUGGUUGCACAGAGAUGACAAGAAAUAAUUUCCCGCGAGUGUAUUACAUUUUGAAACGGAUCCGAAGCUAAGCAUUCAUCUCCGAAGACAUCAGCUCCGCAAGAAUAACAUUUGAAAUUCCACCGUCUCGACGCAACAAUGUUUUGAUACGAUAAAAAAUGCCCCCACGGGAAAACAAAGGGAGUACUCGCAGUCUAAAAUUUCGCUUUGAAUACCGACGGCGCGAGCUGUCAAAGAAUAAUAAAGAACGAUCCAGGAGUCGGUUGGAAAAUAUGAAACUCGAGUCGAUGAAAAUUUCCGCGAAAUAUUCGUAGGGAAAAUUCUGUCGCCGGAGAUCGUGGGAGGCUCGCGUGAACAGGUGAAUUUCAAUAAAGCCACGAAAACCGCUACUUUGAAGAGCGUGUGAGACCCGAUUUCAAUGAAAUUGAAUUUCAAGACGAACCGCCGUUACGCAAACUCAUCGAGAAAGAGAUACAGAAGUUUUAAUAAAGUCAAGCGACCGACGAGCGCGUUUGAAAAUGAAUAAAACAUCUAAUUUCCACGAAACUGGACUUGGCUGGAGACGAGUUUACAGCGCGGACAUUGUAGCUGAUACCCGGUGCGUAUCCAAUGGUAUCUCUUGAACGGUAACCGUCGGUUUAUGCCCUCGGCUGAACGUGGAAACGUUGCUCUCUCACGCGUUCAGUGCACAUCCAGCAUCUGAGCGUACCAUGUGCUUCCUCUUGCUAGUUUAUCACGUCUUAUCGGUAGCCGCUCGAGACGUUAGCGUGGAGGAAGUGGACUGCCAAGUUUACAACCAUCUUUACGUCUGUAUGGCCAACGGCGUGUUGCAUAGCGUCGCUUACGAGGAUGUCAACGCUGUACAGACCAUCGAAGACAUAGAAUUGCACUUGGAGAGCCUUGGGAUCGCGGACAUAGCCAAGGACGCGUUCCUCGAAGUGGCCAAUUCGUCGGCGCUCUACAUACGCGACAACGAGCUGUCUACGAUAUCGAGACACUAUUUCUCCCACCUGGACCAGCUGACGUACCUGGACCUCAAGAACAACACCAUCAAGAACAUCGAGGAUGGCGCGUUUGCCAAACUCCAAAGCCUGGAGACCUUGGUAUUAGACUGCAAUAAUAUUACCACGUUUAGACCAGGCGUUUGGAAAGGGCUGGCCGAUCUUCACGAGCUGUAUGCCACGUACAACAACAUUGCCCUGAGUAAAAACAUGUUUAGAGGUCUCAGAAACCUGGAGACGCUGGCGUUGGACUCGAACAACAUCACCGAGGUGCCGAUCGGCGCGUUCAAUGGCCUGCCUCACAUAGAUCUCCUCUAUCUGGCCAAGAACAAGAUUUCCAAUCUCCAUCCCGAGUGUUUUCGCGGUCUAAGCGCGAUAAACGAGCUGGAUCUCAGCAAGAACCGGCUGAGGACGAUAACUGUCGGGACGUUUCGAUACCAGAAGGACCUGAACUCCUUGUGGCUGAAUGGGAAUCAAAUCGCCGCCCUGCGGCCUGGCGCCUUCGACGGAUUGGACAAUCUGUUGCUACUGUUUCUGAACAUCAACGAGCUCAGUUUCGUGGAUAUGUCGGUUUUUGCCAGGAUGAAGAACGUCACGGUUGAACCUGGCUUCAACAUUCGGGGAUCAAUCGUGGAGAAGGUUCACAAAGUGCGCGGACGAUUUCGGUGCAGGGACAUCGCGUACGAGUUGCCUUAUCAGUGCGCGGAGAUCAAAUAGAAUCGGAGAUUUUUAUAGUUUUGCAUAGAGUUAUGAAAGUUUAUGCAAAAUUUGCGGUGUGCUGCAAAAUACGACUGUUUUGAUCGAAUAUAGCGAAGUAUUCCGACGUUGUAUUUGAGAAAAAUAUGUGCGAAUAGGCAGAGAGUGUUAAUUAUUAAUUAGCUUUGGUUUCUGAUCAUGUAUUUUUAUAGUUUGGCGUAGAGUUAUGAAAGUUUAUGCUAAUUUUUUGGUGUGCUGCAAAAUACGUGUUUUGAUCGAAUAUAGCAAAUCGUUCAGAGUUUUCGACGUGUGUUUGAGAAAAAUAUGUACGAAUAUGCAGAGAGUGUUAAUUAUUAAUUAGCUAUUGGCUUCUGAUACUACAUUAAACUUGCGUAUCUGGACUCGUAUGACUGACGAUGAAUUUCUAAUUAUAAUAUAAGAAACACUUAUUUUUACAUCGGAAUAAACGACUUACUACUUUACUUAAAAUACUACGUUUGAUGUGAGAUUUUUAAUCGACGACACUAAUUUUAUGAUUUUAUUAGGGAACCGAAAAAUAAUGUCAUUUAUUCAUGUAGAGUGUUGAGUCUCUGAAAAAUAUACUAUUCGUCGAAUCCGUAGAUGAAUUUAUAGGAUUCAUACCGUGGAGAGACGAAGGAUAUUUUAUCCGAUAG